AUGAACAAAUCUGAAGCAAUCUCGGUGAGCCUUGAUGAACUAUUAGAUGAAAAUAUAAAUGUGGACAUCUUAUGUUUUACUGAACAUUUUAUCACGGCAGGUUAUGAAUCCCUCCCAAGUAUUCCAAAUUAUCAACUAGCAGCAUGUUUUGCUCGAAAGGAAAGUAAGAGAGGAGGAUCAUGCAUACUCGUCAAAAACGGCCACCGUUUUAAGGAAUUAAAUCAAAUUGCAAAAAUAUCUGUGACUGGCGUGUUUGAACGCUGCGCAAUUGAACUGAUUGACUAUAAGAUAGUUUUAGCAUGUGUAUACAGGGUACCUAAACUUAGUAAUUUUAAUUUAUGUAUAGAGAAAAUACAAAUAAUAUUGCGAACGCUAAGUAAGAAUCGUUAUGAUAAUAUUGUAGUAGCGGGUGAUUUUAACGUAGAUUUAUUGAAGCGAAAUGUACACACUUUAGAUUUUGAAUGUGUAUUUAUGAAUAUUGGUUUGAAAUUGGCAGUAAAUCAACCUACUCGCCUAAAAAGUCAAACAUGUAUUGACAACAUCGCUCAUAACUUUACUAAGAAAUGUGUUGUUAAAGUGCGUGAACUAGAAUUAUCUGAUCGCACAGCACAAAUAUUCAAAUUUCCUGUUCAAACAAUUUUUAAUAAUAAAUACUGGCGAGUCACUAAAAGAUACUAUUGUAAGGAAAACAUAAUCCGUUUAUCGUUACCGCCACGUUACCAACGCCUGUUGUCUUGUCAUAUUAACAAUUACUCUGUGGUCAUGGAUUUACAUGAGGUUAAAGCUGUAAUAUCACUUGUUUUGGCCCUUACUUUGAAGAAAAGGAUUCGAAAAAGGCAGUGGGUUAAACAGUGGCUACUUAAGAGAGAAAGGUACACUCACUUAAAUCUACUAAAAGAAAUUCAACUAGCUGCUGAAACUGACGAUAUAAAAAACUACUUCAGGAUGGGGGAAAAAUGUUUCGAUGAGUUACUACAAAUGAUAACUCCAUAUAUAACCAAACGAGAUACCUGUAUGAGAAAAAGUAUUACACCUGAAGAAAAACUUGCAGUAACAUUACGUUAUCUUGCUACUGGCAGAAAUAUUGAAGAUCUAAAAUUUUCAGCUAUAAUAUCUCCUGCUGCUAUUAGUGAAGCAAUCAAGAUUACAUGCCGAGCUCUUAUUUAUGUACUCAGGGACUAUAUGAAAAUGCCGACACAAGCUGAAGAAUGGAAAAUAAUUUCAAAUGAUUUUGGAACAAUACACCAAUUUUGGAAUUGUUGUGGUGCAUUAGACGGGAAACAUGUUGGCAUAAAGAAACCAGCUGCAUCAGGAUCUAUGUAUUAUAAUUAUAAAGGGUUUUAUAGCAUAGUACUUAUGGCACUUGUAAGUGCAAAAAAAGAAUUUAUAAUGAUUGAUGUAGGAACUAAUGGUCGAGUAUCUGAUGGUGGUGUUUUAUUCUAUACCAAAUUUUGGGAGAUGUAUCAACAGAACACUCUCAAAUUACCAGAACCAUCGGCACUACCAAAUACAAGACAGACAUUUCCAUAUGUUUUUAUAUCUGACGAAGCAUUUGCAUUGGGUCCCAAUUUAAUGAAGCCCUACGCUCAAAAUGUAUUGAACGAAAAUAGACACAUCUUUAAUUACCGUCUUUCACGAGCACGUUCAGUAGUUGAAUGUGCUUUCGGAAUACUGAAUUCAAAGUUUGGUACUUUUCAAAAAGAUUUACCUUUUGAACCCGAUACUGCUUCAUUGAUAGUAGCAACAUGUUGCUACUUACAUAAUUAUUUAAGGAAAAAUGCAAACUCUUACAGUUUUUCAAAUGAAAAUGGUGAAAAUGGAAAUAAUAUAAAUAGAUUAGAAGACCUGCAAAGAACACACAAUCGUAACCCAAACUGUGAAGCAAAAGCUAUAAGAGAAAAUUUUUGUAGUUACUUUUGUAAUGAAGGUAGAAUAUAA